UAAUGGAACAACUGCAGGAUCCAGUUACACAAGAAGAUGCAAAUAUUAAAGCUAUUAAUGAAGAGUACAGGAACGCCUUUAUUUUUAUCAAUAAAGGACUGAAUACAGAUGAACUGGGUCAGAAGGAAGAGGCAAGAAGUUACUAUAAGAAAGGGCUUGACCACUUGCUCCGAGGAGUUAGCAUUCCAUCAGAGGGUCCUGCGUGUGUAGGGUCCCAGUGGGAGUCUGCCAGGCAAAUGCAGCAGAAGAUGAGGGAGACCCUGCAAAACGUUCAUGCUCGACUUGGCAGUCUAGAGCAAAACACCCCACCUGAACAAGCAAGUCCUGCUACGAUGGAUGCCCCUGCUGGGGUGCCCAGGUUAUACCCAUCCAUUCCAUCCAAAGAAAAGCCAGAAAGACCUCCUGCCCCUAAUUAUCUGUUUGCACCAAGUCAGCCAUCUGCACCAGGUGGAGGUGUUGCAGCUGUGAGCCAGGGGCAAAUUCCAGCUAUGAGUCCAUCCUCUGGAAAACCUCUCUGUCUGCCAAAUGAAGCACCUCCUGCCUAUACUCCUCAAGCUACCAAUGGCCAUUUUACUGUGUCUUAUGGCACAGACUCUGGGGAGUUUUCUUCUGUAGGUGAGGACUAUUACAAGUGUAGUCAACCACCUCCCCUGGAAAACCUGGGAGUGGAUGCAGAUGAGCUGAUCUUGAUUCCCCAGGGAGUACAGAUAUUUUUUGUGACUCCUGAUGGGCAGGUUAGUGCUCCUUCAUAUCCUGGAUAUCUGCGCAUUGUGAAGUUCUUGGAUACAGAUAGUGAAGCGGCUCAGAAUCGUCCACCUGCAUUUCUUCAGGUUUGUGACUGGUUGUAUCCUCUGAUGUGUAACCAGUCUCCUGUUCUGUGCUGCAGUACUGGAGUCUACAUGUUCCCUGACACAAUGUCCCAGAUGCCAGGGUCCUAUGUAGGAGUAGUGCUGUCUUCAGAACUUCCAGCAGCUGACAGAGAGCUGUUUGAGGAUCUCUUAAAACAGAUGUCUGACCUUCGAAUCCAGGUGCCAGGAUCCCAUGAGAGAUUAGGGUUAUCUUCAGAGCUCCCAGCAACUGAGAGAGCGCAUUUUGAAGAUAAAUUUAAACAGAUGUCUGACCACAAAGUCCAGCCUUCAGAAGCCUCUAAUGAUGCAGUUAACUUGCCUCAGACUGUACAUAUCCAACCACCACCUGAAGGAGCAAAAAAUCAGAAAGAGUUACCAGAAUGGAGUGAGAAGGUUGCCCAUGGCAUCUUGUCAGGUGCAUCUUGGGUAAGCUGGGGCCUAAUGAAAGGAGCAGAAUAUACUGGUAAAGCUAUUCACAAAGGAGCUUCUAAACUGCGAGAACACAUUCAACCAGAAGAAAAACCUGUGGAAGUCAAUCCAACUGUAGCAAAGGGACUUCAUGUAGCAAAACAGGCUACUGGAGGAGCUGUGAAAGUCAGCCAGUUCUUAGUUGAGGGAGUGUGUUCUAUAGCGAGCUGUGUCGGAAGGGAGCUGGCUCCACAUGUGAAGAAGCAUGGCAGCAAAUUAGUUCCAGAAUCCCUUAAGAAAGAUAAAGAUGGCAAAUCCACUUUUGAUGGUGCUCUGGUUGUAGCAGCAAGUGGAGUUCAAGGGUUAUCAACAGUGUGGCAAGGCUUAGAAAGUGCAGCGAAGUGCAUUGCUAAAAGUGUUUCAACUGAGACUGUAAAAACUGUCAAAUACAAAUAUAAAAACAGAAAAUACGGAGAUGAGCAGACAACAGAUACUGAGUGAAAAACAAUAAGUAUGGAGAGGAUGCUGGCCAUGCUACAGACAAUGCUAUGAAUUCUGCAAUCAAUGUUGGUGUGACAGCAUUUAACAUUGAAAAUAUCGGUAUCAAAGCUGUUGUAAAGAGAACUGCAAAGGAAACUGGCCAUGCUGUGCUGGAUGAAUAUAAAGUAUUGGAUAAUGAGAAGAAGGAUAAAAAAUGAAAGCAAUUAAAUAUUUUUCAAAGCCUUACAUUAGAGAUUAAACUUCCUAUUUACAAGUAACUACAUUGCUCAUCUGCAAUUGAACAUAAAUCACACUACUUUUCAAGCAACUGUUACCUAAUUUGACAUGAAAAUGUAAAAAUAGGGAGAGCAUUUGUAGAAGGAAAAAUGAAAGUUGUCAACUCCUUGUUCUGUAUUGAACAAGGAUUUAAAACAACUGGAUCGGGGCUUUAGGCAGCUGGAAGAUUAUCAGUUUGCAGUUCAUAUUCUUGCCUCUGUAAGCACUUUUUCAAAAUAAUAUAUGGAAUAAUAGAUUAAAUAGUAAUACUACUGUGAAUAUUUUUGUAACACUUUAUAUUUAUAAAGAAGGUGGUGAUACUGAAAAAGUAGGAUUACUAAUUCUGAACAAGUAGAAUUAUUAGUUUUGGGUUUAUAACGAUCCUUGAGUUAGUUUUACUAACCUAGCCUUGUCUUAUUUAAUAUGCACUACUAAAAUAAGCAUUGUGUUUCAUUGUUUUAUAGAGAAUUUAUCUUUUCAGCUACCAAACAGCUAAUCUUAUCCAAAGUUCAUGGUAGGAGAAAUGAAAGAUGAACCUCAGGCAGUUAUUCCCUUAUAAACUUCUUUUUUCAUCCAGCAUAUAAGUAAACCAAAGAUACCAACCAUUUAUUUUAAAAGAGAGUAUUUACAGCUCUAGAAAAAUGCAUUUUCCACUUGAGUCUAUAUGGAAUAUACAAAGAUUAUUUGAAAUUCAGAUUUUUAUGUAGAGAGGAGACGUAUGUUUUUGCAUAAAUUAUUUUUCUGUGAAAAUAUUCUAUAGAAGGCACUAGGAACUUUUGUGCAUUCUGUACUUUGCAGGCAAUCGAGAAAGAUUCAUAUUAUAUAUUAUGGCCUCCUAAUGGAAGACAGUGUGUAUUUGAACAAAUAGUUCUAACAGUCAUCAUCUUUAUUCCAUUAAAUUCAUAGUUGCACAACGGUAUGAAAUCUUUAAAAAGAGUACAAAGGCAGGCCCUUUUAAUGGAGAAAUGUGUGUAGAAUAGACACUACUGUGUAGAUUUGCAAUCCUGUUUGUAGCACUGUAAAAUAACUCAGUAUAUCAAAUCCUUGAGAUGCUUUGGCACUGCUACUUAUUUAACAGUUCACUAUUGAGUUUUAAAGCUGCUGCACAUUCUAAUAUUGGCUGUACCUGCAACAAACAGAAUGCCAUCAAUUUACAACUUAUUUCCAUUUCAUGUGAAUGGAGAAACAUCUAAAUGGUUGUUAGCAAGUGAUAUUUGUAUCAGAUAAAAAAACCCACAGUAACAACUAAUGUCUAUUAAAAUUGUAAUAGGUGCACAUUUUGUGGUAGCUGCUGUAGGGUGAGAAAUGUGAAACAAAGGAUCUAACCACUUGAAGUCUAACUUUGAUUAAUGGAAAUAAAGAUGAAAUUAAAAUUGGUUAA